AUUUCAUAUUAUGGUUACGGCAACUCUUUCGUCUCGCGCUACAGAACCACAAAACGCUGCAGCAGUAGCCGCAACAGCAGCUACUAAUGCGCGCUCGCGGCAACGUCUCUUGGGCAUUAAUUAUUGUCAAUGUAACUAGUCGCGCUAGAAUUCGGUAUUUUGAUUAUCGUACACAACAGUCUGGUACUCUGGUAAUCUAGUGUAGAACGAGAGUCAGUCGAUAUUAAUAACAGCAGCAGGUAUCAAACCGGAUUUCCGAGUGAAAAAUGCCGACCACCCGUUACACGCACGCGGUCGUGUGCCGUUUACCGCGAUCAUUGACCGACCGUCAACCGACCCUCGACUAUGACCGGGCCCGGCGACAGCAUGAGAACUACGUGCGGACUCUUCGAGACAUCGGCCUAGACGUGAUCGAAAUGCCGGCCGACGAGCAAACGCCGUGGUGUUCAUUUGUCGACGAUACUGCAUUCGUAUGCAAUGGUACCGCCAUGAUCACCAGGCCCGCGGAGCCCGACAGGGCCAAAGAAGUAAGUCCCCUGACAAUAAUAUUAUUAAGACUAAAAUUUUUUAUGAAACACAAGUUAUAUUACCCCCCAACUUCCUCUAACGAACAGGUAAUUUUUAAAAAAUCCCAAGAACAAUAAGUUUUUAGUACUUUUCUAUAAUUCACUAUUUAUACUUAUGGACGCCCAGUAUUCAAAUAUAUUGUUCACUGGGUGUCCAUUUUGUUACAACAUCGAUAUAACAUUGACUUCUAAAAUAACUAUUAAAUCGAUUGCUGUGUUUUAAAUCAUAAAUAAUAGGUAGAUUUAUUAACAUUUAAAUUGAUCAUAGUGUUCAUUUUUUAUUACUCUAGAAUGAAGUAUCUUCUACAUAAAAUAAAUCCAACAUUGUCCUUAAUCAAUAAGUGUUUGAAAUACUUCAGGUUGAAACGAUAAGAGCUGUAUUGAAGAAAGAAAUUGGAUUGCCUAUUGUUGAGGUUUCUGAUAAGUCUGCAAAAUUACAUGGAAGCGAUAUAUUAUUUACAGGUAAUAAACACAUGCUAUACUUAUAUUAUAAAUGCAUUUAUUGUUAAUGUUUCUUACAAUGUUACAACUUCAAAUUAAACCUACUGAAUGGAUUAGAGCUGAAACUUAGUACAAAGUUCCAGAUUAGAAAUAACAUAUGAGCUAGGUACCUACUUAAAAAAAAUCAACCCCUAAGAGUGGGGGGUGUUGAAAAUUAUAGUAUGGAUAAAUCAUAUGACACAAAUUGUAUUACUGUUUAAGUUAAAAAUUACUAACACACUGUAAUUUCAUUACCUCAUUGCAUUACUAUCAAUAGUUAUGAAUGUAUUUGCCGGAGCCAUAUGCUAAUAUAAUAUAAUAACUCACUGCAUUCCAACUUAAUUGGAUCAAGUUCAAAUUUCAAACACAUUAAUUUAAUUGUUUUUAUUUCCUAUUCAAUGUAAGUAAUAAUUUUCAUUCAAUACUAACAUGGGCAAAACCAUAAAGGACAAAUAGUAAUUCUUAUUUUACAUUUAUAAAAUAUUCAAAUUAUUUUAACUUUUAACAAUAUUUUUAAAAUAUUAGGUACCUUAAAUGUAUGUUACUUUUUCAGACACAAAGUAUUUGUAGGUCAUAUGAUAAUAAUUAUUACAAUACCAACGAUAAUUUGACAGUUAUUGAAACAAUUAAAAUUAUUGGGAUAGAUAGCAAAAAAUGAAUCAUCAUAUUUCUAAAUGACCUUCAUAGCAUAAUUAUUAAUUUAUCACUAUAACUUUUACUGCUUACACUUAAUAAAUUUACAACGUAUUGAUGAAACAUGUUAUUAAGUUAUGUUAUUUAAAAAUUAUAUUAGUCUGUAAUGUGGUGGUGUCAUUUUGAGCAGUUUAAACUGUCAAUUUUUUCAUUGUCAAAAUACUUAAUAAAUAUAAUUAUUAUUGUUUUUAUGUAGGUAAGGAAUUCUUUAUUGGAAUAACAAAAUGGACCAACGAAUUGGGAGCAUGUGCAGUAGCAUCUGCUUUUCCAGAAUAUCCGUGUACACCUAUUAAGGUAAGAAAUAAUUUAUUUAGCAAUAAUAUUAUUAUAUAUUUGUAAAAAAAAAUAAAUAAAGAAGUGUUUCUAAUAAUUCUAACAGGUUACAGAAAACAAACAUCUAAAAACAAUUGUAUCUAUGGCAGGACCAGAUCUUAUGUGCAUUGGUUCAAGUGAUUCAUCAAAAAAUGUUCUUAAGGUAUAAAUAUUAAAUGAUCGACUAAUAUACAUACUUAAUUGUUUUUAUUUAUUUUAUUUUAUAUUCACAGAGGUUAGAAAGAGAAGCCACGUACAGCUAUCAAAUUCUUACAUUGCCAGAAGAUGAAGCAGCUAAUGUUAUGUACAUCAAUGGUACAUUAUUGCAUCGAUCAGCCAAAGAAAUACCCCUAUCAUUCAGUGUAAUUUAUAUUUGCUAACUAUAUUUAUUAACUAAAUUAAUAAUAAUAAAUGUUUUUAAUUAACAAUGUAUGAAAAUAAUUCUAGGUUCUUAAAGAGAAAAUAACAGACUUUGCUCGCCAAUCGGUCGACAUUUCAGAACUUCUAAAAUGUGAAGAAGCUAAUUUGAAUUCGUAUUGUCUUUUAGUUAGACGUACUAAACAUAUAAGAAGUUUGUAAAUAACAUUGAUAUGCGAUUCUCUUGCCUCAGUAUUAUAUUAUAGAUAUCAAUAACACAUUACAUUCCAAUGUUUUUUUAGA